ACAACUAUAUAAUUACUCUCUGCAAGAAAGGCGCACAAACAGGAUGGGCCCGAGCUGAACCCGGGAUGAGCCAUCCCUGUAAAGAUUAGGGAAAGGAAGCUCCCCGCCGUGAGCCCGCCUCCAGCCAGGGCCUCUUGCAGACGACCGGGCAGGGUCACCAGUCCACCUCGCCGCGCGGGCUCUCUGCUCCACCCCCUCCUGGCCUUCCAGCCUCCCGGGACCUGUCCGCCGUUGCCUCAGGUGUUUUUGCCCGGGCUAGCCAGGAGCCCUUGCCUUUUCGGCCUGCACCUGGCGUAGCCUCUGACCCACAGCACACCGCCGGACCCCGGGCAGCAGGGCGCGCGCAGAGCUGGGCUCCCCGGCAGCGCGCGCCUCGCCACUGACAGACCGCAGGGCCGGGCCGGGCUGGGCGCCACGCCCCCGGGGUUCGAACGGCGCGGGAGCCCGCGCAGGUUUUCGGUGAACUGGAGCCUGGCUGCGCGAGCCUACUGCUUGGGAUGCGGCGGCAGCCGCUUCCUGGUUCGAAGCUCGCCGACGGGGGGAGAGCGUGAGCCCGCGGAGGCGGGGGCAGGAGAAGCAGGAGGAGGCGGGGGCAAGAGAAGCUCGGGGCUGGAGCUGGCCGGACGGGUCGCUCCGGCUCUCCGCGGAGAGGAGCUUCCCGGCCCUGGAGAAGGGGCGAGUCCCGGGCGAGCCCUCGAGAAACGCCGCGCGCUCCAGAGGGGCGGUCGGGCUACCCCGGCCCGCUGAGGGCUCGGCGCCGGGCUCCCCUCCUUUCCACCUCGCGAGGGAGGGAGGGAGGGAAGGAGGGGAGGGGAGGUCCCGCAGAGGGGGCAGAAUGGCCGGUCGAUGGGGGCUCGGGCCCUACGUUUCCCGGGAGCUUCCUCCACGCCUGCGGCUGCCGCGAGGGCUGGCCUGAGCAGGGGCUCCAGGCUCUCCCGCCGCGAGCCAGCGCGGGCCCCCGGGGCCGGGGAAGCGGCGCCGGCAUGUCGUCUGGCACCAUGAAGUUCAAUGGCUACUUGAGGGUCCGCAUCGGCGAGGCCGUGGGGCUGCAGCCCACCCGUUGGUCCCUGCGGCACUCGCUCUUCAAGAAGGGCUACCAGCUGCUGGACCCAUACCUGACGGUGAGCGUGGACCAGGUGCGCGUGGGCCAGACCAGCACCAAGCAGAAGACCAACAAACCCACCUACAAUGAGGAGUUCUGCGCCAACGUCACCGACGGAGGCCACCUCGAGCUGGCCGUCUUCCACGAGACGCCCCUGGGCUACGACCACUUCGUGGCCAACUGCACCCUUCAAUUCCAGGAGCUGCUGCGCACGGCGGGCGCUUCGGACACCUUCGAGGGCUGGGUGGAUCUGGAGCCAGAAGGGAAAGUCUUUGUGGUGAUAACCUUGACAGGCAGCUUCACUGAAGCUACUCUCCAGAGAGACCGAAUCUUCAAACACUUUACCAGGAAGCGCCAGAGGGCUAUGCGAAGGCGAGUCCACCAGAUCAAUGGACACAAGUUUAUGGCCACCUACCUGAGACAACCCACCUACUGUUCUCACUGCAGGGAGUUUAUCUGGGGUGUAUUUGGGAAACAGGGUUAUCAAUGCCAAGUGUGCACCUGUGUUGUCCAUAAGCGCUGCCAUCAUCUAAUUGUUACAGCCUGCACUUGCCAAAACAAUAAUAACAAAGUGGAUUCAAAGAUUGCUGAACAGAGGUUUGGAAUCAACAUCCCGCACAAGUUCAACAUCCACAACUACAAAGUGCCGACAUUCUGUGAUCACUGUGGCUCCCUGCUCUGGGGGAUAAUGCGGCAAGGACUUCAGUGUAAAAUCUGUAAGAUGAACGUGCACAUUCGAUGUCAGGCAAACGUGGCCCCUAACUGUGGGGUAAAUGCAGCGGAGCUAGCCAAGACUCUGGCAGGGAUGGGCCUCCAGCCUGGAAAUAUUUCUCCAACUUCGCUUGUUUCCAGAUCAACGCUAAGACGACAGGCAAAGGACAGCACCAAAGAAGGCAACGGGGUCGGGGUUAAUUCUUCCAACCGACUUGGUAUCGACAACUUUGAGUUCAUCCGAGUGCUGGGGAAGGGGAGCUUCGGGAAGGUGAUGCUUGCGAGAAUAAAAGAAACAGGAGACCUCUAUGCCGUGAAGGUGCUAAAGAAGGACGUGAUCCUGCAGGACGACGAUGUGGAGUGCACGAUGACGGAGAAGAGGAUCCUGUCCUUGGCCCGCAAUCACCCCUUCCUCACACAGUUGUUCUGCUGCUUUCAGACCCCGGACCGACUGUUUUUCGUGAUGGAAUUUGUGAAUGGGGGCGACUUGAUGUUUCACAUUCAGAAGUCUCGUCGUUUUGAUGAAGCACGAGCUCGUUUCUAUGCUGCAGAAAUCAUUUCAGCGCUCAUGUUCCUACACGAGAAAGGAAUCAUCUACAGAGAUCUGAAACUGGACAAUGUACUGUUGGAUCAUGAGGGUCACUGUAAACUGGCUGACUUUGGAAUGUGCAAGGAGGGGAUCUGUAACGGAGUCACCACAGCCACCUUCUGUGGCACGCCCGACUAUAUUGCCCCAGAGAUCCUCCAGGAAAUGCUCUAUGGCCCCGCCGUAGACUGGUGGGCAAUGGGCGUGUUGCUAUACGAGAUGCUGUGUGGUCACGCGCCCUUUGAAGCAGAGAAUGAAGAUGACCUGUUUGAGGCCAUACUGAAUGAUGAAGUGGUCUACCCCACCUGGCUCCAUGAAGAUGCCACAGGGAUCCUGAAAUCUUUCAUGACCAAGAACCCCACCAUGCGACUGGGCAGCCUGACUCAGGGUGGUGAACAUGCCAUCUUGAGACAUCCUUUCUUUAAGGAGAUCGACUGGGCCCAGCUAAACCACCGCCAAGUAGAACCACCUUUCCGACCCAGAAUCAAAUCUCGAGAAGAUGUCAGUAAUUUUGACCCCGACUUCAUAAAGGAAGAGCCAGUUUUAACUCCCAUUGAUGAGGGACAUCUUCCUAUGAUUAACCAGGAUGAGUUCAGAAACUUUUCCUUUGUGUCUCCAGAAUUGCAACCUUAGCCUCCUGGGGCAUGAGAGAGAUGGCGUGGGAAUCACAAGCGGAUAUGGAUUUUCCAGAAAUUUCCUUUGUGGGAAACUCCCAGCAUCAGCCUUAGAACAAGAACCUUACCUUCAGGGAGCUGGAGGAGAGCCCUGUGGAGGACACAGCUUCAAGGGAUUAGCCAUUUCAAGUAGUCGCGGGAGCUACAGCACCAGAAAUAGUUGAUACCAACAACAAGAUUUCAGGAAGAAAUACACUGCUCAACCUAUGAGUUUCUGUGGCUGUCUCGGGCUUGGGUAUAAACAGGAACCAAAAGGCAAGAACAUGUGAAGAAUAAACUAGAUCCUAGAAAUUCUGAGCCAUGCAGGCUUUUAUUCAACAGACAAAUCAAGACUCUGUGUGGACCACUCCGUGCUCUGCUUUAAGUCAAUGAGCCUCUAAUACUGGCAGUCUGCAAGAAGUCGCUAAAUGCUGAUGAAGAAUGUAAAGAUAAGGAAAUGGAUGGCUCUCCAAAGAGGAUGAUUUACUCUGAAGGAACAAAAAAAAUGACAUCCAUAAAACUCAUAACUUAGAGCCCAAUUUGAAAACAGAUGUCAGGGACCAAGGCAACUGUUCUGGCCUAUUUUCUUAUCCUUACUUUCAUGGCUGUUCAUUGAGUGCCCAGUGAAAUGGUGCCACAAUACCCAGUAAUGUAAACAACAGGUUUGCAUUCGCCAAGCUUUCACCCUAGAGCCCAUUAAUUUACCUGACUGAUGUGUUGUGCCCUGUGAAAUGCCUCUCCUGCUGCGUAUGUCAUACUACUGUCUGCACAUAACUCUCUUUUCACGGAAAGUGGCUCACUGUCACAGCACCAACUACCCACACAACCAGCAGGUAAGCUAGAAGUGCUGGCUGCCUGCCGGUUCAUGGAAUCUCAUCGUGGGGCGAUGUGUUGAUAGUAUUCUAGACUCGGUGACUCAGUGAAGAAUCGUGCACCACUCAUGUCAAUAACCUGACUUACAGCUUAUAUAUUAGCAGUUUAUUUAUAUUUUAAGAGACAGAUGUUUGUUUGGUAUGCAUUUUAUGCAUUUUAAUAAUUAGAAAUGGCUCUUUUAAACAGGAUAUGUAUCAAAGAGAGACCUUAUAAUAUGUACUCAUAUAUGCAGUUGGAGAAUUUUAUCUGCUAGGAAAUAAAUGUGUUUUGUAGCAAAAGGAAAAUUUUUGUCUAGAAGAAUUUGUCCCAUCCCCACUAGAAGAGUAGAUAACUAAUUAAAAUAAAGACUUUGCACAGAAUGGGUAGAACUUUGGACCUAAAGCAAAUUCCUGAGAGGAAAGGUUGGCAUAAACUUCUCUGUACCCCUUAAAUGGAUGUGGUCUGUGCCAUACCAAAACUUCUGAAUCAGGAUGAUGACUGCUAAGUAUUGUUGACCAGACUAACCCUGGAAAUCUCAGUGCCUAGACAUAACGUUUAUUUCUCAUUUGCAUAAACCGUAAUGCAAGUA